GGCUGUCGCCCUCGACCGACACAUUAGCAAUCACGUUUCUGAGUGCGUGACUCGGGGGAAUUGAUCCGUUGCGAGAGAUCUGCGGUGAUGUCCACGAGACCCUCCAAACAAGGUUUAGUCCACAACAUCUGAUCCGAUCUCUGCCCCUCCGUCAACCCGUCUUUGCCGCCAUCAGUAAAUAUAUCUCUUGCCAGGCUAAUACCACCAUCGAAGCGCUGCGGAACAACCACGGGAAAAGCAAGUCUCCGCCCAGGAAUCUCAGCGGUAGUUACUUCGUUACGAGUCAAGGGAAAAAAAAUAAAAAUAAAAAUAAAAACAAAAAGUGCGGGGAACCACUGAUCUCAACGGGCCCGAACCCGAUCUUUUCCCAACCCAAUAUCAGAGUGGUUUGUUCCACGAAACCCAGGCAUCCUGGGUUAUACCUUCUUAUCAAAAUCUCACCGGGGUGCUGAACCGUCCUUCUUUUGUUCCUUGAAAGAUUCUCUCCUGCCGCUUUUACAGGCAGGGUCCAGACGGAAUUCCUUCAUCGAAUCAGACUUGCGUUGUCACUACUACGUUUCCCAACCCCGUUGAAGAAAUCAUGGCUGAUAGAACAGGCUCCUACAACCCAUUUUCCAGGCGAUCGUCUCACGGUCCAAAGACCGUGAACACGUAUCGGGUAUUGACGCCUCUGUCUUGGCUCCUCGUAGUGGUCUUCGGCAUCUAUUACUCGGUACGCGGCCCUGAUGAUGUUCCAUCAGGCUCUACUAUAGGGAAUCAAGCCGAGAUCAAUCCCACACCCUUUUCGCAGACCAAGACAAUCACCAUCAUCUACUGGGUUAUUCUCCUUGUUUCUCAGCUCGGAUAUAUGGGGCAACUCUGGUCCUCAAAUCCCGAGAGAUUGACGGCGGCUGCCAAUGUGGCGCCGCACUUCAUCCUAAACAAUCUCUUCAUACUCUCUUUCAUUCUCCUUUGGGUUCGCUCCCAUUUCUGGGGUGCCGAAGUCUUCGACAUUGUCUCGUUGCUCAACCAGGGCACGCUAUACUGGAGAUACCCAGGUCUUCCCGAAUAUAUCCACCUUCCAGCAGUGGCGGGACCCUAUGCUUGGUCCAUCACGACUCUCUUCUGGAAUGGAGCGGUUGCCGUGGGCGGUUACAGUCUUCCAAAGAGGAUAGUUGCCAAUGUGUUCAUCUGGGUCAUGUUCCUCUUUGGACAGGCCCACAUUGCACGCCGGAAUGAUCGUUCGCUCGGCUACUCACUCAGUCUUCUGACUUUGUCACUUGCUCUCAAGCAGUUCUCCUUGAAGAUCAUCUCCUUACAGUGGAUCUUCGCCUUCAUAAUCUUUGGCAUCUUCCUGGUAUCAUCAUUGUACAGCUCAACUACCAGAUACUACAAGCGAGACUUCUUCCUCAGAAGUCUGGUCGAGCCCGAAGCCGGCGACCGUGAACGCGAGCCCUUGCUCAGCAAUGCGUAAAGAGGGCUAGGUCCACCUUACUAAAGUGGCCACUAACAUUACUUGCGGAAACGGGAUCCCGAGAAGUCCACAAUGGUAAUUUUUCAUGCCGUUGUUUCCAGCUUAUGCCUCAGUAACAUGGUGAAGUUUUUAGUUCUGUAUCUGUGUCUUUCUCAGAAAUUGCUAAAGUUAUUCCUAGCUAAAGUCAGAGCAGAAUAUCGUGCUUCAUAUUGCAAUUUGGAAAAAAAAAAAAAAAAAAAAAAAAAAUUGGAAAAGGAAAUGUGUGGUAUCCCACCUAUUAGCUCUCAUGUGUUGGGUCCUCUUAACUUGGUAAUUUGAGGCCCUUGGCUUUCCCUUAUAAUGAUAUGCUCCUUUGUCGUUCAGAUGCGGUUUGGCUAGUCUCCAUUACUUAAUCCAAAUAGCUUUUUGUUCUCUCA